UUCCAGCCUCAGUUCACUACUCCACAGCACAACAGGGAGAUGCACCCCAGCAGCAUUUGAUUGUCUGAGAUCCUGAACACAAGAGGCUUGCCCACAUACGCGAUUCCAUCAUCCAACAUUAGCAACACCAGAGACGGGCCUGAAGAAGCAAUUUGGAGCUCUGCUCGUCGUCUGACUGUCCAGGGCAUGGAUCUGGGAAAAGCAAAGCUUCUGCGGACAGGCCUGAACACCCUGCACCAGGCAAUCCACCCGGUGCAUGGAAUAGCAUGGACAGACGGAAAGCAGGUGUGCCUCACUUCCUUGUACUUUGCCAAAGGAGACCUGCAGUUCGGCGACACUAAUGUCAUCGGGCAGUUCGAGCACGUGCUGGGACUGUACUGGGGUCCCCUCUGCUGCUCAGGGUCCCCUGCACUGCUGGCGGUGCAGCACAAGAAGCGUGUGACGGUGUGGCAGCUGCAGCUCAGCUCGCUGGAGCAGAACAAGCUGCUGUGCACGCAGACGUGCGAGGUGAGCGAGCCGUUCCCCCUGCUCUCCCAGGGCUGCAUCUGGCACCCCAGGUCAGACAUCCUGGCUAUCCUCACCAAGCGCGAUGCCUCAGUCCUCUUCUCGGUGCGCGUGGACAACCGCAGGGUACGGGCGGAGAUCAAGGGGAGCGGCAUGAUCCAAUGCGCCUGCUGGACGAGGGAUGGCAGACGCCUGGUGCUGGCCAUCGGCACCACCCUCCACUCCUACAUCUGGAAUGACAUCCAGAGGAUGCUGACGGCCUGCACCUUCUGUCCCAUGUUCGAUGUGGGUGGCUACAUCUGCGCCAUGGAUUCUACUGACGAGGCUCAGGUUGCUGUGGCAACCGAGCUGCCGCUUGACAGAACCAAUGCAAGCAUAGUGUGCGACAUCUCCUCUGACUCUGAGCCCCUACCCUCCCAGUUGCCAGUGCCAAUGCUGGAGGACGACUGGAGUCUGGACUCACGGAGGAGAUCCUUUGACUCUGAAAGGUCAUUGGGUUGCGGCUCUGUCUCCACACCUCCAUACGGGGCAGGGGACAUGGUGCACAUCCUGGCCAAGCAUAGAAGGUCUGACCCCAGCCCCCUUUUCCACCUGAAGAGCCGGGACCACUUAGCAGGAUCUGAUCAAGACUCCUCUCACCUGGUUAUGGUGACAUAUGAGAGGAAAGUGACCAUAGUCAGGAAAGUCAGCAUCCCUGGCAUUCUGGUCCCGGAUAUCAUGGCAUUCAAUGCGAGUGGACGCAUUGUGGCAGUGGCCUCCAACUCCUGCAACAUGGUGCUGGUGUAUGGCAUCAUGACAGCUGCUAUGCCUAACAUGCAGCAGAUCCAGCUGCAGAACAAUGAGAGGCCCAAGGGGGUGUGCUUCCUGAAUGACUGUUCGCUGCUCCUCAUGGUGGGGAAGCAAAAGUCCGGUGAUCCCGCCUUCCUCCCAUCGUGCAGCAACACAGAAAAAUAUGCCAUUAGGCUUGUGACUAAAGAACUCAUUUACAAUGAGGAAGUGUGUCCAUUGGCGGCAAAAUGCGUGGAUUCAGAUGUUAAUUCACGCAGCAUUAGAAGGAACUCCUCCAGAGAAGAACCUCCUGGAAUAAAGGAACAUGCAUCCCUCGCAUCGUCGGCUACCCAGUCACCAAAUACCAGGAGGAAGCAGAGUGCAGAGAUGAAGAAUGGCAGCUCGGAAAGGAGAAGUUCCCACAACUCUCAACGCGGGAGCUCAACGUCACCAAUCACCAUUGAGAACUAUGACACAGAUCACAUCAAGCAGAUGGCAAGCCUGGUGGCAGCUGGCCAGGUGGGCAAGGAGGCCGGCAGGGCUGGGUCACCCCGGUUGGAGGCGCUAGACAGGCUGCACCUAGAACCCACCCUGCCAAGGGACAGCUGCCUACAAAAAGAGAGGGCUCUGGAUGAACUGUCCCAGAGUAUCGAGAGACUUUUCGCCAGGUUCACAGAGCUGCAGCAGUGUCUGUCGGAAAUUACAGACUUCACCCGCAAUGGGAGGAAGUUCACAGGGAACUACCCUUCACCCCAGGACCCUCCCUGUGUAAAUAUAACAUGUCAGAAGCAGCUCUCUGAGAACGUGUUCAUCGACGAGAGGCGACCUGUCCUUCUCUGUGAGAACAAGCUCCGUCUGGGCGUGGUCCGAGACCUCUUCAGCCUCUCUGUCGUGGAGAUGAUGCAUGGGCCGCUUUGGAUUGUUCUUGCUGAGGAUGCAGAAGGAUUUGUGCCACUGACUUUCAAACCCGACAGCGAGCUCACUGUGCGGAAUGGGAAGAGGAAAAUGCCAGAGACUUUCCCCCGUGAGGCAGAAGUGCCAAGUCCAGCUCAGCCUGAUUCCCAAAGCGCGGAUACCUGAGGCCCACGGGCCUGGCUCAGGAAGUGCCACUAGACUGCAGGGACUGACCGAGAGAUGAAUCUGACAGCCGUGCACUUGUGUGAAAGAACCUGCCAUUUUGAACUCUCAAUAUUUUCCAUCGUUUAUUUUCUUCUUUUACUUUCGAAACAUUAUGUCUGAUAAAUCGCUGUAAUUUCCUUGUUACCUGUUUUUGAUGAAAAGCUGUAACUGUUUUCUUAUAAUGGUAAAUCGUUAAAGUAAGAAAAAGCUGGAAAUCUCUGCAAAGGAAUGAUUUUUUGUGAAUGUUUGAAUAUGUUUUUGUGUAUGGAGGUCUAUAGCACCAUCAUUUGUUUUGAUUGAGCCAAUCCUUUUAUGUUUGGGUUGCCAUUUAACUGUCAAUAGAAGUUUAAUGGUGUUCUACAGCCAUUUUUUGUAUGGAAGUGUUAUGUGUGAUAGAAAAAAGGGGGAACAUCCAAAAAAGAAAAAUGUGAAAGGCAAAUGUCAAUGCUUUAAAUUCUCUUGGAGGAGUUGUUUUUCUUUUAAAAAAAUA